AUGACCCGCUCUCACCAUUACACUCUCCCACCAAGACAAGAGCUAUGGAAUCUUAGAGAGAAGCUGAUUUCGCUGAGGAGUCUGAAGCAAGAAGAUCGCAAAGAGAUCCAGGCUGGCUCCAGCAACUGUCGAGGGCCUAUGGAGAGCCUGCUCCAAGGCCACCUCCAGGGCAAUGCAAGAAAACCCAUGAAGGUGGUGAGGACUCGAAAUAAGGUUCUAUCUGACUGGAAGCUGGAAGCCAAGUUCUGGGACAAGCGUGCAAACACAGGCCUCAUAAUUAUCAGCCGGCACCAUCACCCCUUAAGAAUUCGCCAGAUAAGGAGCCACACACUCACAGCUGCAUGCUCUCCUAGCUCUGAGGAGCUGAGGGGUUUGCUCUGCCCCAGUGGAGGCCUGUGCUGCUUCAGCAUGGGCCUCACAGACUAUCUAGCCAAGACAUUAGAAGUGAAUAAAGGAGUUUGUAGUCAGAGCCAAGAGGAAUGCCUCAAGUUCAAGUCCACCUGGUCUACCAAGUCCAAUCAGGGGCAAGCAUACACCCUGACGUACCUCCAGCCUGUGAACCUCCCAUCGUCUCCCCCAGGCAAAGUCAAGGAAGCUGUGAAGGCCGCCAUUGACGCUGGGUAUCGCCACAUUGACUGUGCCUAUGUCUAUAAGAAUGAGAAUGAGAUAGGAGAAGCCCUCCGAGAGAAGAUCCAGGAGAAGGCUGUGAAGCGGGAGGACCUCUUCAUCGUCAGCAAGCUGUGGCCCACCUUCUUUGAGAAAAGUCUGGUGAAGAAAGCCUUUCAGAAAACCCUCACGGAUCUGAAACUGGACUAUCUGGACCUGUAUCUAGUGCAUUGGCCACAGGGAUUCCAGGCUGGGAGUGAGGUACUCCCCACAGACAAUAAUGGCAAACUUCUCAUGAGUAAAUCCACAUUCCUGGAUGCCUGGGAGCUGUGCUGGGGAUGGGUAGAACAGCUGGAACCGGCCAUGGGGACACCACAGUCUAGACGGAAAUCCUCUUUAGGGCUUCACUUGACCUUGCCAUGAAGG